ACACACCCCAAAGAAAAUCUUUCGCAACUUCAAUUCCGCAAACCUGCCAAAUAGAACUAAAAUUACCGAAAUCAAUUUUUAAACGAUUCAAAUAAAAAAAUAUAUAUAUUAUGUCUACCUAUUCAAGUGCUUCCACUGCCCAACAAACUGGUGCUUCCGAUUUAGAUGGCGAGUCCGUGGAAGUCCUACGUGAACGAUUGAGCACCAUGAAGCGUUUAAUGGCCGAACGCACAGCCCAACAGCAAAAUAAUCCAGCAUCCACAGAGGAAAUCUUUAGCACAAAACGACAUCGAUCGGCGGGAAUCAUUGAUGGCAACUUUCUAAGCAUUGCCUUUGGCGGAGCUCUAUUGGUUAUUGUUACUGUUUCCGUAUAUGCUUUCUAUAAUCUAUAUCAUGCCAUACUCAAAAAGUUCCCCUCACAUCACGAGGAAUUGUAGAUUUUUUAACUAAAACAAAUAUUGUACACCAUGGAGUUUUUAUGCAUUUAAAAUAAACACACAAUUCGAAUUGA